AUGUUUCAGUUGAUUGAUUCUGUGGCAACACAGAAUGGAUUGAAAGCUACCUCUGCAAAAAUAUCACCUGAUGGGCAGUUCCUUGCCAUAACGCAAGGCCUUAACAUCCUGGUAUACGAUAUUAAGAAGCAUGCCAUAUCACAAACACUGGUCACAUCACAUGCAAGGCCUUUUUCGGAGUUGUGCUGGUCUCCCGAUGGGCAUUGCUUAGCUACUGCAUCAGAUGAUUUUUCUGUGGAAAUAAUACAUUUAUCUUAUGGGCUGUUGCAUACUUUUGUGGGUCAUACAGCGCCUGUUAUAUCUCUGACGUUCAAUAGAAAGGGUAACUUGCUUUUUACGUCCUCAAUGGAUGAAAGUAUCAAGAUAUGGGACACAUUGAACGGGUCCUUGAUGAAAACAAUAUCUGCACACUCAGAAGCAGUUGUUUCUGUGGAUGUACCCUUGAAUGAUUCUUCCAUUCUAAGUUCAGGUUCGUAUGACGGGCUCAUACGGAUCUUCGAUGCAGAGACUGGCCACUGUCUAAAGACGCUGACCUAUGACAAGGACUGGAAAAGAGAAAACGGUGUCGUGCCUAUCUCUCAAGUCAAAUUUUCCGAAAAUGCAAGGUAUCUCUUGGUGAAAUCACUGGAUGGAGUAGUGAAAAUAUGGGAUUGUAUUGGGGGUUGCGUAGUCCGUACUUUUCAAGUACAACCACUCGAGAAUGGCGUGCUGCAUCAUUCGUGCGGUAUGGAUUUUCUAAAUCCGGAAGAUGGAACAACUCCUUUGGUAAUCAGUGGUUAUGAAAACGGCGAUAUAUACUGUUGGAAUUCUGAUUCUAAAGGUCUCCUGCAAUUGCUUGACGGUUCUUUGCAUCAUCACAAUAGUCCCGUCAUGAGCAUACACUGCAUCGGUAACAUAAUGUGUUCUCUUGCAUUGAACGGAGAUUGCUGUUUGUGGAGAUGGGUGUGA